AUGGCUGAAGCAGCAAUAGCACGUCGUGAAGCACGAAGAAAGAAAAUAUUAGAAAAUUCUCAUAACAGAUUACAAUUGAUAUCUGGGAAAAAUGCCAACGACGUUGGUAAAGAAUCUCCAACAAGUAGCUCGAUUUUCGACGACAGUUUAAAAAACUCUCCUUCUAAAGAGUCCUGCAAUAUCAAUAAGUGUUUGGUUAACAAUGGUGUGCUCACAAACGCAGGAUUAGAGACUUUAAGUUUUUUAUCAACAAAUCAGGAGGAUUUUGCGAUAGGCGAUGGAGACGUCCCUUUCCCAAAGCAUGACUCGACAGCUUUUGCAUCACCAACACCUGAACCCGUUCAGUAA